CGUCAUCAAACGUUAAUCGGACUCUCAUUUGGUUGUACGUUGCGUUCAUUUUCUUCGAUUAUUCCCCAAAACGAGAAUAAAAUCAGCAGAAUCAUCUUGGUGAUGAAUUUCUAAGCAGUAAAAUCUCCAUUAAUUGCAUGUAAAGCGAUUUCAGCAACCCUAGAUGGAAUUUGAACUGUUCACUGACUGCGCCGAGGAUGAUUAUACUUUUGGAGCUGAAGAUGAUGAUAAUGAACAAGAACAGCUAGUGUUCGAGGGUGAUGAAGGUCAAAGAUGUGGGAUUUGCAUGGAUGUUGUUGUUGAUAGAGGAGUUUUAGAUUGCUGUCAGCAUUGGUACUGUUUUUCAUGCAUUGACAACUGGGCUAGUAUCACUAACCUAUGUCCACUUUGCCAGAGUGAAUUUCAGUUGAUCACUUGUGUUCCUGUAUAUGAUACUAUUGGAAACGUUCAGCUUGAUGAUGAAUCAUAUGCAAGAGAUGAUGAUUGGUCUGUUGAAGGAAACAAUAACACACUUUCUUUUCCAUCAUACUAUAUUGAUGAAAAUGCAGUCAGCUGCUUGGAAGGAGACAGCUGCAAAAUUCGAGGCCAGUCUGCAAAUCUUGAAGAAGAUCCAGAUCUUGAUACAUCAAUUGCUUGUGAUUCAUGUGAUCUGUGGUAUCAUGCUAUAUGUGUUGGAUUCGAUCCUGAUGGGAGUUGUGAAAAUUCGUGGCUGUGCCCAAGGUGUUUAGCUGAUGAGGCAUCAAAAAAGUCAGAAUUAGGGUCAAGCAAUACACAUGAGCAAUUAGGGGAUGCUGCUUUCCCCAUGAAUGUAUCUGUAUCUGUGGCUGAUGCAGGAGAGACAGCUGUCGUUGUCUCCAUCAUUGAUGGAAAUCAACAAACAAAAGCAGAAGAUGAAAACAUGUUUUCAAGCAUAAAUAACUUGCAAAUUGGGAAUCAAGAAAAUGAAGAAUGGAAUCAGAUAAUGUUGUCAGAUGUUUGUGAAGACAUGGGGAUUGACAACACUAAGGAUGAUAUUGAUGAUAAUCACAAAUUGGAAAAACAAUUAUCUGAGAAAAUUAUCAAGAAACCAAAGUUAGAGCCAGUGGAGGAGGAUCUUCCAUCAUCAAACUUUAAAGAAGAAACAAGUGUCUCUGAUGAAUUGCUUUCACCUGACAAGAAAAGAAAAUCUGGUGGAAAUACAGGUGGCAAGAGAAAGCAAAGAGAUUUCAGUGGGGAUGAAGGAGAAACAAAAGUGAAGAAGAUUGUUAAAGCAGAAAGAAGUCGUGUUGCUCAUUCUGUGAAUGAACCUCAUUACUCUAAAAGAUCAAAUAAAGCAGUGGCGAAAAAGCAAAGGGUUGAAACUGACAUAAGAGAUAUAGUUCAGGGGCCAUACCACAAACCUUCGGAAGAUAAAGGGUUAAGGAUAAAAAAGAUUAUGAGAAGAGCAGCCGAUGAUAAAGAGUCAUUAAUGGUAGUUCAGAACUUAAGGAAGGAAAUUAGAGAAGCUGUUCGUAACAGAUCAUCAAAAGAAAUAGGAGAUAAUCUUUUUGAUCCAAAGCUUUUGGCUGCAUUCAGAACAGCUUUGACAGGUGGACAAACAGAAACAAAAAGACCACCACUACCCUUAAAUAUGAAAGCAAAAAAGGCCUUGUUGCAAAAGGGAACUACACGUGAGAAUUUAACCAAAAAAAUUUAUGGGGUUGGUGGAAAAAGGAAGCGAGCAUGGACGCGUGAUUGUGAGAUUGAAUUUUGGAAGCAUCGAGUCUCAAAUGUAGUAUCAAAGCCUGAAAAAAUUCAAACUUUGAAAUCUGUUCUUGAUCUUUUAAGAAAGGGUCCCGAGGUUAUAGAGGUCAAAAAGGAAAAUACCGAAAAUGCCCCUGCUUCGAUUCUUUCGAGACUGUAUGUUGCGGAUUCGUCUGUUUUUCCGAGGAAGGCUGAUAUUAAGCCUCUUUCUGCCCUGAAAUCUCCGGAUGUAAUUGAGGCGUCUGUGAAACCAACUGAUUCUUUGGUGCAUGGGACCAAGGGUAAAAAGGUAAAUCUGAAUAAGAGCUCAGAGAAGUCAUCUAUGAAUGCCCAAAAGGAAUCAGGCAAUGGAUCUAGUGAUGUUAAAGUCGACAAAAGGAAAUGGGCUAUGGAGGUUCUUGCAAGAAAGACAGCUGUCUCCGGAAACAAUUCCACACAGGGGCAAGAUAAUGUGGCUCUUAAAGGAAAUUAUCCUCUACUGGCUAAAUUGCCCGUUGAAAUGCGACCAAGUUUGGCAACUAGCCGACAUAAUAAAAUCCCCAUUUCAGUUAGGCAGGCUCAACUUCACCGCAUCACGGAGCAUUUCCUGAAAAAAACACACAUGCCAAUCACUACUCGGCCAACUGCAGAAAUAGAGUUGGCUGUUGCAGAUGCUAUCAAUAUUGAAAAGUCAGUUGCAGAUAGAUCAAACAGCAAGCUAGUUUAUGUUAAUUUAUGCUCCCAGGAGUUAUUACACAGAUCAGAUAAUAAUAAUAUUGAUUCAGAACCUAAACCUACACCUGUCAUUGCUGAUAACUCAGAAACAACAACAACCAGUGCUGACGUGGAUGCUGAUGUGGAUGUUAAUGAAGCGCUUAGAAAUGCUGGUUUAUUGUCGGAUUCACCCCCAGGUAGUCCUCCAGUUUGUGAAAAAACGGAAGAAGAUGAUGGUCCUGAUAAUGUAUUUGAAAUAGAUGAUGAACAAGAACUUGAUAUAUACGGUGAUUUUGAGUAUGAUCUGGAGGAAGAAAACUUUAUUGGUGUGAGUGAUGCGAUUAAAAAAACUUCAAAAAAACUUCAAGAUGAUGAUACGAAAAUAAAAAUGGUUUUUUCAACACUUGAUUCCAAGAGGUCAGAUAGUGGUUGGAGGUUUGAAGAUCAUGAAGAAGCACCACCGGUAAUAAUGGAAAAUACAAAUGAAGAUAAAACAAAAGGUGAAGAAGAUGAAGUUGAUGAAUGUGAAGAAUUAUAUGGCCCUGAUAAAGAACCUCUUAUUAACAAGUAUCCUGAAAUAAAACCACUUGAUUUCGUAACUGAAAACAUUGUUUCACAAGUAAACAUAGAAGCCAAGGCAUCUGAUUCUGAUGCCACAAAUAAGCCUGUAGAAAUAGUAGAAGCAAAGGACAAAAAAUCUCACCCUGACAAGAAGCAGCAGUCUGAAAAACACAGUUCUGUGUUUAAGAAGGUUGAAGCAUACAUAAAAGAGCACAUCAGACCAUUGUGCAAAAGUGGAGUGAUCACAGUUGACCAAUACAGAUGGGCUGUGGGAAAAACAACCGACAAAAUCAUGAAGUUCCAUUCCAAAGAUACCAAUGCAAAUUUCCUCAUCAAAGAAGGGGAAAAAGUCAAGAAACUUGCUGAACAAUAUGUUGAAGCUGCCCAAAAGCUUGAAAAUAACAAAUAACUUCAUGUUCAUUUUUGCUUCCAAAUUUUUUGAAGAAUGAAUCGGGCAGGCUACCCGAAUAUUAAAAGAUCACAAAGGGUAAGUUUUAUGAAGAAUUGAAGAUCAUUGUGUUCACCCUUCAGCUGCCCGAAAUGCAUCUCACCCGAAUUAUGCACCCACGUUUCUUUCAUCCGCCCGCAUAGUUUACGGGUAAAAUGUUUCAAAAUUUGUAUAAAAAGCGAUAUUGUUCCAUAAAUUAAAAAAAAAAAAAAAUUGUUGCAUAAA